AUUCUAAUUGAUUUUCUUUUUAAGAUUUUGUGCCAGUGACAUAAUUUAAUAGUGCUGUGAUAAAGUAACCACAAAAGUUUAUUUUUAAUAGCAGUGUUUUGUAUUUUACAAUAGCAUGGCCUAAAUUGGAAUUCUUGAAAUUACAUGGUUUUGUUUCGAUUUGUGAAACGAAUAUAAACUGGAAAUAAAGGGGGAUAGUGUUGUGUGAUGAGAAGAUCUGGCUGUGGUCUUGCGUAACUCCGGUGCCCCGGCUAGCGGUUCCCCAGCGCGACCCCGCGCGGUGAUGUCGGCAUGGAGGCGGUGCUGCCGCUGGCGGUGGUGUGUGCGCUCGCGGUGAGCGUGGCCGGCGCGCCCAACGCCACCCGCCGGCGCGACGCGCUGCCCGACGAGCCCAUCCUGCCUGACGACGAUGACGAACUCGGACACCGCUUCGAUUACUACGAUGAAGAGCGCAUUAAUAUCUCAGAGAAGGGCAUGUACCUGGGGUCUCCGUGCGAGUUCACGUGCAACCCGAAGCUCAUCCACGUGUUCUGCGACCCCGCCACCAACACCUGCCAAUGUGACCCCAAGCAUGGCGUCGCGCUCGGGGUCGCCAAGGGCUGCGCUAAACCGAAGAAACUGGGCGAGCAGUGCUUCUACCGGCAGACAUGCCGCGCGUUCGACCCGCACGCCUCCUGCGUGCAAGUCAACCACAACGCGUACUGCCAGUGCGACCACGGCUACCAUAGCACCACGCACAACAGGCCCACGCAGAGGAUGUUCUGCACUGAAGACAUGGUGUUGCUGACGGCGGACAUGCCGACGCUGCUGGGCGUGGCGUCGGGCAUCUUCGUGCUGGCCGGUCUACUGUGCAUGGUGCUCCACCUCUACACACGCGCCAGGUUCCAUCCCACGCACCUCGCCGACGCAAGACUGACGCCACCCUGCUUGUACUCGCUUAAUGAUACAGGCGGCACACUGAGCGCGACCCGCGCGUCGUCGCGGGCGUCGUCCCGCAGCGGCUGCACCAGUGGCACCCUGGAACUGGAGUCGAAUGAGUCAAGGCGGACGUCGCGCCGCGGGGUCCCGGUGUCGGCGUCGCGGGCAGGUGCGGCGCGCGCCGCGGCCAUCUUGCUAAUCUCGCGCCACCUGAAGGCCGUAAGGCGGGACGGCGGCGCGCACCCGCCUAAGUGCGCCGCCAAAGGUUCGCGACGUCCAAGUAUAAGUUCUGUCCAGAGCAGUUCAUCUUCUAUAAGGAGUUACAGCGCUAAGAAAUGGGAGCGAGAUAGAGAGUUGAAGGAGAAGCGACAGAUGAGCAUUCGUCUCGCUCAGUUGCACGAUAAAAUGAAUGCGGGAAGAGAUCUACCGAAGCAUGCGCCCACGCCGUCUCCUCGCUCCCCUAAUAACUCCACAGAUGGACUGUUACCGUCUGUAUGUGAAAUUAGAGAACUGACCACGAAUCCAGAGCAGCAAAUGCAAGGAGUAGAUGGCCCUUGUUCGAGCUCGUCUCUUUACUGACAUCAGGCGCGACCCAAAGUGCGUCGCUCCUUCGACUCCCUAUCUUCGGACGGUUCCCCCGCAAUUGCUUGGAUGUAAAAAAAGUUGUGACUAAAAAAAAGUUCCAAAGGUUUUCAAAAUGUGAGUGACUAAUAAACAUUAUAAUACUUAUACAAUUUAUUUAAACAUUUGUGGCCAUCGAAAACAAUCUCCGAAGCUGUUGUGUGAUAACAAAUCGUGUCUUACAAGUCGGCAACCGCGAAACGUCGCAAGAACAAUUAAAAUAAGCUAGUCGUAAUAGUUAUACAUAUAUACGAGUAUUAUAGAAUUAGCACAACUCGCCAUAAAAAGUAUUAGGUAAAUGUAAAACCCCCAGAGAAACACCGUAUUACGUUAAAACAUGAAAUAAUAAUACAUAUAAGCAAUAGCCUAAUAUUAUGGACAAGGAAAACAGGAAUAAAAAAGUAAAUAUGAAUCUAUAAAUAAAUAUAACGUCAGAUCAAAUUAAUGGUAUUUUGUAUGAGCUUUCCGCUUCCAGCUUUUAGAAAAGAACAUCGCGUUGGAAGUAACUUAAAUGAAGAACUUAGCCUAAUAGGUACAUAAAAAAUAUCUAUUUCAGUUCACUUUUGUCUUUGAAAAUAAAUGUAGGUAAGUACUACUUACGUAAUACGUAGGUGAAAACUUAUACGAGUUAUGAUUUUAUACGAGUGUUUAUUCAAAUGUACUUAAUA